AUGGCAACGACGACGCCUAAGGCGACGAGAAGGGCGUCGAUACGAGGGCGGGCGUGGCGGCUGCUGCGGCUGGCGGCGCUCCGGGCGCGGAAGGGAAUCGUCGUGCACGGUCUCGGCCUGCUCAAGACCCUGGGGUGCAGCGGGCGCAGCGACCGGCUGCGCUACGGUGAGCGCGAGUUCUCCAUCGACGAGACUCCGGCGUUCCGGUUCCGCGCCCCCUCCGCGCGCGUGCUCCGCUUCAUCCCCUGCAUCGCCCCCGCCGUCCCGGACACCCCCGACGACUACAGUGGCGACCGCUACUUCUUCUGCGACCCGCUCGAGAGGGUCGCGGGCAGCGUCGGGGACGGCCACGGUGCCGGGCUGAGCGAGUACGGCGUCGAGAACCUCGACGAUUGCGCGGAGGAGCAGCUGCUCCAGCGGGCGGUGAUGGGAGCGAGCUGCGCGGACUUCGGCGCCGUGGAACAAGAGGACGGCGAGGACGCCGGGGUGGACGUCAAGGCGGAGGAGUUCAUCGCCAACUUCUACUCGCAGAUGAGGAUGCAGCGGCAGAUCUCCUCGCUGCAGUACAAUGAGAUGGUGCAUAGGAGCAUCUGCUAG